GGAAAGAGCAAGAGUUUGUCCCGUGAAUCCACCAACUGCUGGCUGAUUAGAGAAGCAACAAAGUCACAGGGAGUUGAUUCAGAUUCUUUGUGGGUGCUGAUCUGUCCUUAAGAGAAAUGAGCCACCGGCAGAAGAGUUUGGCUCCGUGCAAUUCAAGGGAUUCACCUUGCUGUUCUGAAAAGAUAAAUUAUCCUGACCACAUAUACGCAGAGUCAGCAAAAAUCUUUCAAGAUAUUCAUAUCAAGAAACCUCCAGAUCGGAUUGUCGUAAAGUAUGGUAAUGACUCCGGGAGGCCUUUAUCCAGCUUUAAGGAUGAAAAAUCCCAGCGCUGGGCCUAUGAGCUGGCUUUUAAUACUCUAAAAUAUCAAGAUCUUCUUGAAACAAUAUUACUGGACAGCGGCUUCUACCAUUCUCAGCCACUACCAGAUGAAAUGACCAGUCUUGUGAUGGUGAUGCUGUAUGACUUCCAAGAUAAAAAGUUCCAACCGCGAUGUUUGUCUCGUACAGAGGAAACCAUAGAGGAGGUGCAAGAAGUGGAACAAUUACUUUGUGGCUCCAAAACCAGGCUGUCUGCUGCCCUUGCAAGAAGUCGAAUUAAACAUGCCAUUCCAUCCAUUGAGUUUAUAUUGCCGGAAAGUGUUAGAAAGCAAGAGGAGCGAUCAUCUACAGUUCCACUCUAUGCCUGGGUUAAUACCACGAAAACCAGUGUGACCGAAGUCUGCGAUGCACUGAAGAGCGAAGGUUUUACUAAAGCCGACUCUCCUGUGGAUUUGAUUGGUUAUAAAUAUUGUACAGACAAGCACUGCCAGGAUGUGCUGGUGUUUCCUCCUUAUCUUAAAGAUAAACUCAACAACCUGGAACUAUUCAUGCAUUACAAACUUGUGCUUCAGGACAAAGCCUAUAUUCUGUCUGUUCAUUCUGUGAGAGCUGUGAUGAAUACGGACGAUGACAUUAUUGUGGCUACACCUUGUUCAGGGUACAUUCUUGCCCACAUGUCCGUGCUGACCAAUCAAAAUGCAUGUAGAAUCUUUGUGUGUGGAAUGGAGUCAGAAGCAAGGGAAGGAGCACUGCAGGAAGUACUUGUUGAUAUGGGAUGUAAAAAUGUGAAAUUGCUGAAGGAAAGCUUCACUGAUCUGGACCCAAGUGAUCCAAGGCUACAGAAGGCAAAAACUAUCCUCUUGCUGCCUCAAAGCUCUGGAUCAGGAGUCGGUGACCCAGUGCAGUUUGUUUUAAAUCAGCAUGGAGACACAUCUUUGCUUCAGGAUUUUUCCCAAGGAUCCGUCAGAACUGAUAAGCUAAACGCUCUUUCCAAGCAGCAGGUCACGGAGCUAAACCAUGCAAUGACAUUUAAUAAAGUGCAAGCUCUUGUGUACUGUACCUGCUCAGUGUACCAUGAAGAAAACGAGGAUGUAAUAAAUCAGGCUCUGGGACAGAAACCGGAAAGCAACACAAUUCAGACAUAUAGGAUUGGCUCUCCGGUAAUUGCACUUCCCUCAUCAGAAUUCACAUCAGCAUCUGAUAAGUUUAUUAAAGUCCACCCAUCUGAGACUACUAAUGGAUUUUUCCUAGCUGUAUUGAAAAAGGAGCCAAUUGCGACUGAAGCUGUGACCGCAACCGACAUUUUGGCCAGAGCUGCCUCAAAGGGACUUCUUGAUGGCAUUGGGAAACAAAAAUCCAAAAAAGAGGGGAAGAAAAAGAAAGGAAGGACAGCUGUUCAUGGCAUGACUUCUACUCCGGCAAAGAUCAGCGAUUUUCUGGACCAGGAAAACAAGCGAGUUGCAGCGCAGACACGUGAUUUUGCCAAGUCCAAUGUACAGCCAGUUGGCAACGUGGGCAGGAAGCCUUCCAGGCAAGUCAUUGUUACACCCCCUGCAACGGCAACAGACACAAGUUCCAAAAGUCAAAAACCUACGAAGCCUAAAGCUUUGGGUAAAGAUGGGAUUUCUGCCAGGAUAAAGGCACACGAGAACAUGGUGUUACUUCAGCCUGUGAAGAUAAUGCUGCCACCAGUAAUGAUGCCAUUUUAUAGUAACCCACUAGCAGCCAGAGUCCCGAACCCCAUCACUCAGUACCCUCCUCGCUGGCAUUCUGGAAUGGGAAGCAGGUCAUCUGAUGACUUCAUAGCAAAACCUCGGGAUAAAGUGCCCUCCAGUGUCCUUCAGCAUCCAAAACCUUGGCACUAAAGUUUCACCUGCUUUUAUUUUGUAAAUAUUUAAUCUUAUUUACCAUGAGUAUUGGAUCUUUUUUGCACAAACAACAUGAACGGAAAAGGCUUGGUGUCAUUCACUGGUAUCUACGGGAACAACCAUUGAGUGAGGAAGACUUGGUUUUAUCAUAAGGAGUUUGUUCUUUAGGUGUGCUUACUUAUGCCAUUCAUCCUCAAUAUACUGGAGAUAUUUACACUCCCAGGCCCACAUUGCUACAUACACAGUUUUUACACGUUUUACAAAAAAUACUGGGGAAAUAAACACUGCAAUAAAACACUGUUAAUUACACGGA